UAAUAAAUAUUUCUUAGUGAUUUUAUAAAUGUAAUUAAAAUUAAAUUACAUUGUAAUACUCGUUAAGGUUUUUACAAAAAAUGUAACCUCUUUUAAGAAAUCGAUAUCUUUUUCGCGAUAAGAACGAUAAGAGAUUAUCAUUUAACAGAUAACGCAGUACCUAAGGUAAAUGUCUCGUAAGUUAUUUACGAACACGGAUGAUUCAACAUAUCUUCGAGAGAAUCAGCUAACAAAAUAUUACUUUCUAUAGAUUUAUUAGAUUUUUUGAUAGAAUUCAAAAGAAUUAGAUACGCAAAAAGAUAUGUUUCUUUUGCUAUUAUAAAUUUAUUGAUCAGGUUAAAAAAAUUGAAAUGAAAUAGAUUUCAAAAUUUCAAAUGGAUACGCCCGUAUGAAUGAUACCCGCAUAGACUAAUAAACAUGCGACAUGUAAUUUUACUAAUACCCGCAUUAAGAUCGAAUCUUAUUCUGACCAGCAUAAGUAUGUUUCAAAAUGAAAGUGAAUGAAUCGAUCGCUUUUAUAUUAUAGAUAAAUGUGUCAUUGGAAAAAUUACUUUCAAAUAUAUUAAUGCAAAUGAGAUGAUUAAAACUUUUCGUAAAGAGUUUGUGAUGGCAGAUUUGAAAUUUUCUUGAAAAAUACGAAAGAAACAAAAGAAAAAUUGAUUAUUUUAACUAAUAUUUCUCAUUGUGUGAAUUCGAUGAGAAAAAAAAAUACCUCCCUUGAAUUUCGUUUCAGAAAAAAAAAAAUAAUAAAGGACGAUAACGAUUGGUCGUUAGGAAAGUCAAAGAUGAACGAUGAUUGGCCGAUAACACGUAAGUCGGCACGUCGCAGCGAACAUCUAACAGGUGGUCGUAUGCUAUUGGUCGAUUAGCACGAACGGUAGUGCUGCGGUACUAGGCAACACGUGCGCGCGCUUAGAGGCGCAUUCGCGGCGGCAAAGUACGUGGAGGCGGGUGCGUCCGUGUUCGCCCUAUCCUCUCACCCUCCUCACCGUUGUUCCUCUUUCUCGUUCAUAGUAAGUUAGUCUAUUGACGUUACUCAGAACGGUGAUACGCCAUUAGGAAACGAAAAACGCGUGUCUUACUUCUCUGUCUGUAUAGCUUUAGGCGUGUUAAGAAAAAAUUAAGAAAUAAAAGGAGAAGAAAGAGUAGGAAAAUAAGGAGAAAGAGAAAGAGGAGAGGUGGAGGAAGAGAAGGAGGAGAAGAGAGAAAGAGAGAGAGAGAGAGAGAGAGAGAGAAAUAGUAAGGAGGUUUCACAUCCAAUUGGCGCCGUCUUUACCAGUUACAGAACAGUCAUUCGCGGCGCGCUGAUUCCAAGAGCGACGGACGACGGAUCGAUCAUAUCUGUUUUCACGCAACCUCUACGAGAAUUCACCCGCGCCAUCCGUAACCAUCUCUCCUUCCCUUCCCCUUCCUUUCCCCUACCCGUUGUCUUUUUUUCUUUUUUCUUUUUUCUCUCUUUCAUCGUUUCCCCCUCUCCUUAGAAAAACAGACCGGCGCCUUCGUCCUUUCGAUCGGUCUUUCCCGUCUUAUCGUUCUUCUAACAUUCCUCCCCGUGCGAUCGCGUCCCUCCAUCUGGAGGAUUCGUAUCAUCUAUUUAAAAAAAAGGGCAAAGGUUCGCAAGAGGAUAUCCCGUGCGCGUAUUUCGAUACCGUUGGAAAGUAUCGAUAUCCUUUCAAGGAGAAUCACGAUGCUCGUGGUUUGAAGUUAUAAACGGCGUCAAUGAGCAUUCAAGUAUGUACGAUUGAUUGAGGACAGUGAACACACCGGGAGAUCGGAGAAAGAUCAGCGAAUAGAAGAGACGGCCAUCAUGGAAUUCUACGACGUGGGAAGCAGCGAUCUCAGGGAGUUGUGGGAGUCUUACCUCACAGAACCAGGACUUGGACAGGACGUAUCAAUGACGUCGAGAGAAGAGGAAUGGGGUAAUGUUUUGUGCCUCAGGGACAAAUCAUCCUUGAGUGUCGUCCUGAGAGAUCGUUUGAUGACAGAUGCUGCGUUAGGUGGACCACGUCCUAUAAAAUCCGAACAUAGUUAUAGUUUACUGGCUUCCAGUCCUCCACCAAGUCCAGCAACUUCUGGGACCAAUCCUUGUACAGCGAAAAGUUCUAUACCUUCUACCAGUACGGCUGGUACGAUGGCGGUCAACACCAUUUCUUCUAUUGAUUCAAAUAAUUUGGAUCACAACAAAUCUUUGGAUAUCCGGCCGAGAUUCGAUGAUAUGGAAGAUGAGUGCUUUCUAGCAAUUUCUAUGAAUUCAUCCCGAAACGAGGAUCAAUCGUCACCUUUACCCCUUCAAACAACUUAUACCUCGACUGUAAUUUUGAAGAAACCUAAUGUAGUACCUGAAGAUAGCGAUUAUUCCGAAAUUAAGGGCGAACCGCUCAGUGCACCCGGUAGUCCUUGUACGCCCUGUCCUUCGUCGAGUUCUACAAUAGAUGAUAAAAGUACGAUAACAAUGGUAUCACCACAAAAUCUACACUUUUCUAGGAAUCAACUUGCUCCUACGAGCGAUAGCGAGGAAGACGAUGAGGAUUAUUAUCAGAGUAUGGAAGUAGAAGAAUACAGUAUACCAUGUGAAGAAUACGAAGGAAGUCGUACCUCUAGACAAAGCUUACCUCCAACUCCUCCCAGCAGUGCGAGUUCAGAUAGCGAAGGUACAGCGUCAGCUUCUUGUUCACCCGAACGUCGAGACUCUCAAAAUUCAUCGCACUCUCAGAAUAUUAGAGGUCUCUUAACACCUAGACUUUAUGUCACCAAUGCAACACAUACAACAAGGCAACCCAUUCAUACACCUUUAAUUUCCUGUCAACCAAAAGGUUCCACCGGAAUUUUAACGUUGACGGAAGAAGAAAAAAGAACUCUCAUAGCUGAGGGUUAUCCUGUACCUACCAAAUUACCUCUAACAAAACAGGAAGAGAAAUCUUUGAAGAAAGUACGCAGAAAAAUAAAGAAUAAGAUUUCGGCACAAGAAUCACGAAGAAAGAAAAAGGAAUAUAUGGACGGCCUAGAGAGGCGAGUCACCAUGUUGACAAACGAAAAUUCUUCAUACAAGGAUCGUUUGACAGUAUUGGAAGACACGAAUCGUGAACUAUUGAAAGAGUUGCAACGCCUUCAAGCACUUCUGCAGCUCCAAUCGUCUUAGUUUUUGUCUUGAUGGGAAACAAGAUUUUGCUGAUUCGUUGUCGUCGAUUUGGAAAAUGUAGCUCUUUUUGUUUUUUUCCGGGCUAGUUAUCCUCUAUCUUCUAAUGUAGGAUUGAGAUUAGUAUUUACGUUUAAAUUUUAAUUCCAAUGAGAGAGGAAACAUUAGAAGUAGUUAGUGGCAGUUGAUCGAUAAUCGUCAACAUUGAAACUUAGAAGAACAACAAAGUGACUGUUUGUUGAUUUUUCCGAGGAUUUUGAUGUCGAUGGAAGAUUUAAUUUUUGGGAUUGGUGCAAUGUUGUUAGGCUCGUCAAGUCUUCCCUUCGAAUUGCGAAUAAACUACAGACGAUCUCGUCACGAUCGUAAUAAAUACAACAAUUUCUCGAAAGCAAGCGUUCUUUCGAGUUCCUUGAGUUUCAUUGUCUUCCUAGGAUUAUCGAGAAACGAGUUAAACCACGAUGAUCGCGAAGAAUAUAUUAUAAAUUAAUAUUGUGUCGUACACUGAACAGGAUAUACGUGAUCUAGCCAGCAGUGCCUUCGUAUUCUUUUAGACGUUUCUUUUUUUUUUUUUUUUAUUGUAAUUGCAACAAAUAGAGAAUGAGGAAAAAUGAGGAAGAGGAAAAGAGGAGAAGAAAGAGAGAGAGAGAGAGAGAGAGA